AUGCCGCCUGCGCGCACUGCACGGCGACAGGAGCCAGCAAGCUGUGAGAGUUGCAGGAAAAAGAAGCUACGCUGCGAUCGCAACUUUCCCUGCAGUAACUGCUCCGGCCGGUCGAUAGUAUGCAGCUUCGAGGGUCGCAGAGCGCUUACACCUGGCGAUGAUCUUCAGGGCGAUGAGUUGACCGAGCUUCGAACAGAGAAUGCUCGGAUGCAGGAGAGGUUGCGGAGACUGGAGGCCGUAGUCUUUGCUAAAGAUGAGCCUCCCACGACUGCAACUGGAUCCUCCUCGGUCGUGGACUUUCCCGUGCGACAUGUAACGACCACAUCGAGUCCCGAUACUGAAUCAGCCAACGGAUAUGGAGAGAUAGUAAAGGAGUUGGAGAGCUUCGGUUACCAGGACUCAACCACACUUCUGCGUGUCGCCCAGAGUCUCACGCCACAGAUCGAUACACUAGCGAAUAUCGUGCUCCGCACAUCGUCCAACUCACUCGCGAUAAUCCUUCUGCCACGUUUUGAGGAAUCCCUCCUUCUAAUACAGCGGUGGCGUGAACAUUUGGACGCACUCGAGCACAUUCUUCAUGUUCCCACGGUCAAGAAGAAUACUGCUGUAUUAUUUGACGCCAUUGCUGCUGGUCUGCCACUCUCUGCGCCGAUGUAUAGCUCUUUGGCAGUAUUACUUGCAGUCAUAGCUAACAUCACCGAGUACUGGACACUCGGUGGGGAUGAUAAGGACUCAAUAUUUCCGUCUAGAGCGGCUGCUCUUACCGUCGCAAAGUACUGGCUACGAUCGGGUUUGGACGUCCUGGAGCAAGUGUGGCGGACCACUGGUCCGGAUGUUGGUACAAUCCAAGCCAAAAUUCUGUUCAUGUUCUUCAUCUUCCACAUGGAGGGGUUCUCAGUCAAGGGCCGUCACAUGAUGUCGAGUGCCGUGUCGGAUGCCCGGAAUAUUGGGCUUCACAUGACCGACGCACCGCGCAGUAAGGUGCGAGGGACAACUCAGGACGAGAUCAUAGAUGCUGAAAUACGUAGGAGAGUAUGGUGGCAUCUAGUCAGUACCGACUGGAGUGCGGCUCUGCUUGUUGGCCCAUAUGAUGGCGUUUACACGGUUCAUCCGCAUCACAUGCAAGUGAAGAGACCUAGAAACAUCACCGACGAAGAUCUUGCAACCAAGCCAGCAGACUUCGAGAGACCGGCCACUGAGCUUACAUCUACGACUUACUACCUGUCCCGCAUUGUACUUGGUAGUAUCUGCCGAGAAGUCGCAGACACACUCAUGCAGAUGCAAAGUGCCUCAGAUAUCUCUUCGAUACCAUACGGUCGUAUACUUGCCCUUGACCGGAAGUUUGUGGAGCUGAUCGAGGGACUUCCGGAGACACUGCGUCUCGAAGGCGAUAUUGUCUUGAAACCGAGCCAGGUAGACACCGGCUCCAGAAAUGGCCCAAAUAUCAAGCAGAGAUACUUCACUUAUCUCACGACCGAGGCUCGACGCUGCAAGCUCCAUCUACCCUACCUCUUCCGCGUGCAACAGAACCCUGAUUACACUUUCUCUCGCGAGACAUGUCUACAGUCUGCACGCAACAUUCUAAGGCUGCGACGAGUCUUGCCUUCCGAAAUAUCAAACCUGCCUUGCUCGGUCAAGAUGACUGGCCUCUUACACCACUUCUGCUGCGCCAUCAUAAUACUGGUCAUGGACUUGUGCGUGAACAAGUCUGCCAACGACGCCGAUGAUGCAAUGCGUAAGGAGGAGAUCGUCUCCGCCUGCAAGCUCGUCGAGGACGCUAAGGAGACCUCUCCUGUAGCUGCGUCCUUUUCCGGAUCCGUCGACCUCAUCCUCAGCAGACAUAACAUUCAGCUGCGCCCACGGAAUCAUGGUGGGAUGGGUUCGCCCAGGAUCUCUAAAUGUGCUCAAGGCAAGGUACCUGCAUUUGGUGCUGGUUUCUUUCCACCUAGUCUUGACAGGAGCGUACAGGUACAAGACGCGCCAGACUAUGAUAUAGAUAUGAAUAUCGACUUCGAUGCAUUGUGGCAGAGCUAUCUCGAUUUCGACUCUGGACUAGGCUGGGAUGGCUCACUGGACAUGGAUGGAUCUGCGUUCACAAUCUCCGGCGCCUGA